AUGGGGAACAAGAAGAUUGCGGUUCAAUUAGAAAAGCUCAAGGGUGAUGACUGGGACUCGGACAGCGACGGUGAGACGCAGGCCGCCUCCGUCUUUGACGGCAAGAAUGACCUGGUGGAGCUCCCCACAGCCGUUGACGCCAGUGCCAUUGAGACUGGCAGCAAAAAGCGCAAGAGCAAGAUGCAGCGCAAGAAAGAUGCGACUGCACGAUCCCAGCAGAAGACGGACGAGAAGACCAAAGACCAAGUAUCGAACGUUAUCUAUCUCGGCCGCAUCCCCCACGGCUUUUACGAGAAGCAGAUGAUGGGGUUCUUCAAGCAGUUUGGCGUCGUCCGCCGCAUACGAUUGUCACGCAACAAGCGCACGGGAAACUCGAAGCACUAUGCGUUCAUUCAGUUCGACGAGCCGGAAGUGGCGCAAAUUGUGGCCGACACGAUGAAUCAGUACCGACUUUUUGACCACACGCUGUCAUGCCACGUGCUGCCGCCGCAUGCCGUCCACGAACGUAUGUUUGUGGGUGCCAACACGGAGUUUAAGCCACUUCCUCGAGCGGCGAUCAACCGCAAUCGCCAUAAUGCCGAGAAAACGUACGAGCAGACGGUGGCCAACACCAAGCGGCUUGUGGCAAAGGAGCGACAGAAACGUAAGGUGCUCAAGGCACUCGGCGUUGACUAUGAGUUCCCGGGGUACGAGGCGCAGAUACCUAUCAAGAAGCAGCACAUUGUUUUUACAUAA